UCUCCUAUAAAGCCUUCACAGAUCACAAGAAUACACAAAUCAACCACAAACCACAAGCAUCUAGAGAGAGGAAGAGCAGCAGACAAUCCACAGAGAGCUAGCUAGCCUGACGUUGUUGCCGAAGAAAGCAGAGCAGGAAAUGGCAGCAAGGGCGGUGUCCGUCCUAGCCGCGACCUUGGCGCUCGUCGCGGCGAUCCUGGUCGGCGGCGCGUCGGCGCAGUCCUCGAGCGGGUGCACGUCGACGUUGAUCACCAUGUCGUCGUGCCUGAACUACAUCACGGGGAACGAGACGGCGCCGCCCAAGUCGUGCUGCACGGCGCUCGCCACCGUGGUGACCUCGAAGCCGGAGUGCCUCUGCGUGGCGCUCAACAGCGACCCCGCCGCGCUCGGCAUCGACAACGUCAACAAGACCCGCGCGCUCGGCCUGCCCGCCGAGUGCAACGUCAAGACGCCGCCGCUCAGCAACUGCGGCACUGCUCCCACGACGUCCCCCGCGGGGCAGACGCCAGCCUCGCCCUCCGCCGGAGCAGGGUCCAAGACGACGCCGACGGCGGACGUGGGGAGCGGCGGCGCGUCGCUCCAGGGGUCGGUCGCCAUCGUCGCCGGCUUCAUCGUGGCCGCGGUCUACGCCGUGUCCGGCAUGUGAACUGAUUGACGGGUCGGCACGCCGCGUCUCCUUCUUGUCAGUCGGUAGUGAUUCCAUUGGAGAUUGAGCUUUGGGUUUGAGGAUUGACACCGGCGCGCCUACUUGCGCUCCGUGGCCAAUGCUUCCAUUUGUUGUAUUGUACCGUCACAUGAUU